GGUUGGUCUGUACAUCCGGGUGCGCGAAGCGGCUGUUGCCGGGCUUCGGGACACAGGCCGGUUCCGUCGGCUCCGGCUCAGGCUAGAGCGGGAGAGGCGGCAAGCGAGGGGCCGAGUGUCCGUAACCCCCUCCCCUUUCCUCCAUACUCACUUCCCCCUCCCGGGGAAGAAGCCUACCCUUUGCCUCCUGUCUUCGGGAGUCAGUCUUUAGGGUGGCGCCGGGGUCUGACCAAACCCCCAACCCACCCAAAAAAACCCCUCCAGUGCCCGGAGCGGGCGGGCGGGCCGUUCUCCCUCCUCGCGCACUCUCUCCGCUCGGCCCGGACCUGGUGACCGGCAGGGCAGCCGGACGUCUUUUUUUCAUCCCCACUCCUUCUCACCCGGGCAAACUUCCUCAGUCCGAGGCCUGAACUGUCAGCCUCGGAAUCUCUCUGUCAGGGACAUGUUCACAAAGCCCUCCGUGGCAGCCAUGGAUAAAAAAGAAUGGAUUGAAGAAAAUGGAGAGCCAUUAGUUAAUCUACCAAAAAUCUGUGUUAUGAAGAAACCGUAUCGAUAUUCAAAGGAAAAAUUACUGGAAAUCAAGGACUAUCCAUAUGCCAAGCGGAGACCAGCAUGCCUUCUGGAAAAAUAUGACAGUGAAGGUAUCUGGGACCCUGAGAAAUGGCACGCAUCCUUGUACCCCAGCUCAGGCAGGAGUUCACCAACAGAUGGGACAAAGAAGGAUUAUUCUUCAGAUCUGGACAGAGCAGUUCUCAAACGGAGAAUGGCAGAUCCACGUGAGAGAAUCAAAGAAGAAGAUAUUGAUGUUGUGCUCAGUCCACAGCGCCGGAGCUUUGGUGGAGGCUGUCAUGUGAUUAGUACUUCAAACUCCCGGAGAUCUGGAAGCCCACUAGAAAAUAAAGAAAACGAAAAUUCCCGUGGAUUGGGUGCCCAGCGGCGAAUUGGCAGUGGACGGAUAAUUGCAUCAAGAACCUUUGAUCGAGAUGGCCGAGACAAAGAUUUGCGUGACAGAGAUGUGCGCGAGGGAAGAGAUUACAAGGAAAAACGUUUUCGGAGGGAGUAUGGCGAUGGAAAACGUGUUUUUGGAGAGCGGAGACGAUGUGAUUCAUACACCGAGGAGGAACCAGAAUGGUUCUCUGCUGGCCCCACCAGUCAGUCAGAAACAAUUGAGCUGACUGGCUUUGAUGAUAAAGUACUAAUGGAGGAUCCAAGGCGGCCAAAGCGGUGGAGGAAGCGAUCGGAUAUCCUUAAAGAAGGUGCAGAAUGCAAUGGUGGUGGUCAAGAGACCGAUACGUCAUCCACAGUUCCUGCAACUGAAGCUGACCAAGAAGUUCCUCAGGAGGCAGUCCUACCAGAGCAGACGCCAGGGGAUUUUGACUUCAAUGAGUUCUUCAAUAUGGAAAAGAGUGUACCUGGACUGGCUUUGAUGAUCGAAGAGGUGCUGGGUGAAGGAUCAGUAUCAUCCAGCCGGUUCAGCCAGUGGUUCUCUAGUAACGUGAGUCGACCAGGUAGCCGAUCCAGUAGUUUACGAUCUACUCCACAUGAAGAACUUGAAAGACUUGCUGGUCUGGAACAGAGGAUCCCAACACCUGUUUCACAACUUGGUAACUACUUUGCUCCUAUUCAGUCAAGAGAAGAUAAUAAGGAGGUUAAUAAAAAGGUUGAUAUUCUAGAGAUUCUGCGAAAAGCAAAUGUGGAUGUGAAACCACUUCUAUCCAAUCUCACAGCCAAUAAGGAGAAGCUGAAGGAGAGUUCACAGACUGGAGUGGUGUUAUCUGUGGAAGAAGUGGAGGCAGGUCUGAAGGGUCUCAAAGUGGAACCAGAAAGGAAACUUGCCACUCCAUUCAUGGUUGAACAUCUGGAACAGACUUUGACCUCUUCAUCAGGUUCCAAGCCAGCUCAAAGAGACAUGGACAUGACUGCUUUCAAUAAAUUGGUUAACACUAUGAAGGCAAGUGGGACCCUGCCUUCACAGCCAAAACCUCCUGAGAUUCUACCACCCCAUGUAAUGGGGCCUCCAUCACCAGAUAUUCUAGGUGACCUGCUUGGAAACCAGAAUCAUUCUACGUCAACCUUGCUAAAUCAGCGAGGCCACUCCUCUCCAAUACCAACAUUCCAGCAGUCAUCCCCAUCAGAGUUCUUCAGAGUCAAGUCACCACUUGGUUAUGCUCCCAAUGCUCCACACAUCCGCGAUCACUUCCAAGGAUUACCGUUGCCCAAAAACAUAUCACCUAUUCCAGCUCCACAGGCUGUUAGCCCAUCCCAACUGGAUAUGCGACAGGGUGCCAUGGAUGGCCUUCCGUUUGCACAAGAUUUGCACAUGCCAGGUGGAGAUGUUUACCAACCUGGAUAUGGGAAGAUGCAUCACGAUCACAGGGAUGGCUAUAGGGUCAGGCAGCAGCGAAUUAGCCGAUCACCUGGGCCAGCCAGUCAACACCGACUCAAUGCAGCAUCACCAUCGCAAUCUUCCUCAUUUACAAACAUGCUUUCUCCAUCAUUCACCCCUACCUCAGUAAUCCGGAAGAUGUUUGAAAGCAAAGACAAGAGCAAAGAUGGAAAAGAGAAUCGUCCUGUGAAAGACUGUGUAGAGGAUGGGCCCCUGAUAGAAGAUCACCUGUCUUCUGGCUCUCCAAUGGAAAACACUGACAGAGGGGCAUCUCCAAUCGGAGGGACAAGAUCGACUUACCACAGAUCAGCUUGUACGACUCCCCAGUUAAACCAGAUGCGUUUCACCAAAGACCAAGACUACAGGCCCAGAUCCACAGGAAGGAAAACACCUACCAGAGCUUCUCCAGUUCCUGGAUCCCCUUUUCAAAGGCCCAUUUGUCCUGUGCCCAUUAUGUCACAUGUUCCACUUGUACGCCAGUCUCCUCCCCACUUACCACCAGGCCUAGUCCAGAGAAUGCUGGCACAAGGAGUUUCCCCACAACAGUUACAUCCAGCACUUCUACAUGCAGCAGGUAUGUUUCCAUCAGGCAUGGAUCUGUCACACUUGCAAAGCCUCCCCCCAACACUGCUUGGGCAGACAUUCUACCCUCUUCCAACAAGUGGUCUUCCUCUUCUAAAUCCUCGUGCUACACUCUCCUCAACACACAUUCAGGCUUCUGCAACACCCUUGCAGCACCUGGCCAUGAUCAGACAAGUGUUGCAGUCUCCCAGUGCAGGUGGCCAAGGCCCUGGAGCCCACCUGCAUCUGAACCAGCAGAAUUCCAACCUGCGAUCCCUGCAUCAUAGAAGUGGAUCUCCAGUUAAUCUUUCUAAGUGGUUUGGCAAUGAUGUUCUUCAGCAACCAUUACCGUCUAUGCCAAGCAAAGUAAUAAGUGUGGAUGAACUUGAGCUCCAUCAAUAGUAUGUCAUGUAACACACUUGGUGCAACAGUUUUACAAAGGUACCUGCAGGUGUCCAAGCGGGGGGGGGGGGGGUGUCCUUGAAUUAUUUUUGUUACCCCAGUAUUUCUUGAUCCCUACUUUGACUUUGUGACUGACCAUGCGUUCACAACUACUUGAAUACUGUCACCUGGGGUUAUAACUCAACUGUGCCAGUGAAACAGGGCCACAAGGUCUGUGGGGCAAAUGCCUGCAUUACAGAUUAGAUACUUUUUAAGAGAACCCAAGAGCACUUCACUUUCCAGUGAAAAUGCAACCAAAAAGGGUUUUUGGGGAUUUUACAAACCAUAUACGCUGCAAUAAAAAUUGUAUAGACCUUGUGUACAGAAACUCAUGUAAAAUAACACUGCUUACAUCUGUACAUAAGCAUCUGCAGUGGCUGACUAUGUAUAUAAAUGCUGCUGGAAGGACAAAUGCAGUGACACUUGUGCUCCAGUUUUGCUGAAAUAUAUUUUGUAAGGUUUUUGUUUUUUCUUUUUGCAGCAUGAAAGAUUGUGGGAAUUUUAAUUUCCAAUGCACUACAUGGUUCCUAAGUCUGGUAAUUGCCAGUAGGUAGGAACUAAGCAAGCAUCGCUGUACCUGGGAGUGUUUUGUGUAUGUGUGUGUGUGUGUAUAUAUAUAGAUUCCUUUUAAUACUGGAAGCAGGAAAAGGCAAAAAGACCCUUUAAUUUUUCUUUUUGGUGUCAAAAACUGAGAUAGAGAAACCCAAAUGGGCUGGGAACUUAUACUUUCAGUGUGAAGCCUUCCCAACUCUGCUACUCGAGUCUAAUGUCCACAAAAGGGACAGUGUAGGGUGAUUUCAGUUAUACCUUUUUUGAGGGCCCUGGAAUCUGACAGUUGCUUGCCAGUAGAGGGUGCUAGCCCCACAGCACCAGUAUGGACACUGUUGCCUCUUGUGUUCAUUUACUGAAAUAGCUUUAUUUUGUGUGCCUUUGUUCUGUGGCUGAUAUGCUUUCAUUCCUGCCCCCCAUGGUAUCCCCUUGCCCUCCCUAUACAACUUGAUGUGGAACCCCUUCGUUCACACUGAAGAACAUUGCUUUGUACUGUUCAGAAAUAAGACCUGUGACUUUUCUGGAAUUUGCUGUUUUAGGGAAGGGAAAAGCACAAAUUGAUUUACAAAUGAAGAAAAUAAAAUUUCACAUCUCCAUGUUUUUGUUCCUUUAAUCUUGAACUAUUGAUGUGUGCCAGAAGUUCCAUAUUGCCCACUAAACUUGGAGUUAAAAGUUCCAUAACACUGAUCACCUGAAGCAGUUAUCAGUUUUACAGGUAUCAUGGCUGAGCUUGGUAAUAAGCAUUAAUGAACUUGGAAAUGAAAUAUGCAUGACUGGCAAUUUGCACACGCUCACAAUCUUGUGCUGAAUUACUGGAAAAACUGAAUGAAGUUGUGGAUAUAUAAUUUCUACAUGAAUAUUUCCUUAUCUGCAGGAGCAGCAGCCAAAUUCCACAUACCUAGUAAGCAGCAGUACGAUUGUAAGUUGAGCAAGAUAUAGGUCUCCCUACUAAGAUCUUCCACGUUGACUGGGGUUCAGACAGGCCCUCUCUUUCACGUACCACUGUUGCACUGAGAUCCAUCUGGAUUUUUCACCUGGGUCAGGCCAAAACAUUUCCACGAUAAAUCAAUGGGAUGAGGCCUUGGACCCAUUAGCAAGUAUUAUUUUGUACUUGCUGACAGUACUGUCCAGUAGCAGUGGACAGUAUUUACAAGUUCAUCAAUUUUAUUAAUCAUGGUUAAUCCCAUAAAAGCCAAAAGAAAUGAUGUUGUAAAUCAAACACAUUGCCAAAAAAAACUAAGCAGAUCUGGCAGCAUUUGAAGAGAAAUCAGUUUGUUUUUGGUCCAACAGUCCUUCCUCUGAACUGGUAGGCAGGAAAAUGUUGGCUUACAUGCAGAAGGUGGGGGGAGGAGCAGGAGGCAAGGAAUAAACAAUGGGUGGGGACAGUCAAGAGAACAGUGGGCAGACAAAAGGGUGGAUAAUGAUUUUUGGCUAGGGGAUUGAACUGCUGUUAGUGGAGACUUAGUAGCUAACCAUAGGUAGUGUGUAAUGGCAGACUGAUAACAACCAGACCUGGUUAGUGGAGUUGGGGGGGCUAGGACGUGGGAGAGUUCGGGCCCUAAAAUUAUUGAACUCUAGUCCUGGAUGGCUGCAGAGUCCCUGAGUAGAAAAUGGGGUUCUUCCAGCUUGUGCUGAGCAUCACUGGAACACUGCAGUAAAUCUGAGACAUGUUGGCCAGGUACAGGGUGGUGUCAGUGGCAGACAACUGGAAGCUGUCAAGUGUUCUGUGAUGUGGUUCCCCCUUUGAUUUCACCCCAAGUGCAGGUGAGGUGCUGCUUCACCUGGAAUGUAUGUUU